AACACGUUACACCAUAUUUUCGAGCUCGUCAGCCAUGGCUUCGAAACUCGUUCGUAACCGACUGAGAACCCUAUGCAGAAUCUCUCAACUCAGCAAUGCUCGUUUCAAUAAUAAACUCAGAGACCCCAAUUCCAACUUCCCUUCGUUACAUAAUCAAGUAAAAUGGCGAUCUUAUUCGGAAGUUUCUCAGCCAACUCCUAUAAAUCCUCCACCACCUCCAUCCCCUAAUCCCUCCACCACCUCUACAAGUUCUCUCAAUGAAUUUGAACUUGCUAAAUUCUCCGCCAUUUCCGAGACCUGGUGGGAUGCAGAAGGACCGUUUAAACCAUUACAUAUGAUGAACCCUACAAGACUUGCUUUCAUUAGGUCCUCUCUUUGUCGCCAUUUCAGGAAGGAUCCAAAUUGCACUAGACCUUUUGAAGGAUUAAAGUUUGUCGAUGUUGGCUGUGGAGGGGGAAUUUUAACUGAGCCUUUGGCUCGAAUGGGAGCUACUGUCAUGGGAGUUGACGCUGUGGACAAAAAUAUUAAGAUUGCUCGCCUUCAUGCGGAUUUGGAUCCAAAAGCUUCUUCAAUUGAAUAUCGGUGCACAACCGCUGAAAACCUGGUCGAAGAACAGAGACAAUUUGAUGCUGUAAUUUCUUUAGAGGUGAUUGAGCAUGUAGCAGAUCCUGCUGGAUUCUGCAAGUCACUAUCAGCAUUGACAAUCCCUGGUGGCGCUACAGUUAUAUCCACAAUUAAUCGUUCAAUGAGAGCAUAUGCAACAACGAUUGUUGCAGCAGAGUAUCUCCUACAAUGGCUUCCUAAAGGGACACAUCAAUGGUCAAGCUUUGUAACCCCAGAAGAACUAGUCCUUAUUCUUCAACGUGCUUCUAUAACUGUGCAAGAGAUGGCUGGAUUUGUAUACAACCCUUUGACAGGUCGCUGGUUUUUAUCUGAUGACAUCAGUGUUAAUUAUAUUGCUUUGGGAACAAAACCAGCCAAUAGCGAUGAAACUCUAGAUUAAGUUGCAAUAAAGUUGUCAAUUUUAUUCUGCUCUUAUCUCUUAAGCCAUCCUGUAAUUGUAUGUAAUCUCUUUUUUCCACUUUGUUGGAUGGUGAAUGCAAUGCCCAUCUGUUCUCACAUUUUUUGUUUUCCCUUGGAGGGUUUGAGCUAUGUAAUUUUUCUUUUUGAAUAUUCUGAAUUACUAGCAGACAUCAUGGUAUUGGGAAAUACAUCAAGUUAUAGGCAAAUUUCAAAA